AUGGAAACUGAAGUUGGAUGUAUGCGUCAUUUUGGUGUUAAAUCUUAUUUGAAUAAUUUCUAUGAUCGACAAAAUCAUGGUGAACAACGUGAAAACGUUCAACAACGAUAUCUAAUUUCAUCUCAUCAUCCGAAAUUUUCGAGUCAUUGGUGGAAGUUACCUCUUUGGUUUGGUUCAUUUUUGGUUCUCUUUGGUUUUUCUCUACUCUUAAUUAGUUUUUUUCUUCCACGAAAACAAAUUAAUGUUGAUUCUCAAUUAUCAUCUAGUGAUUCUCAAGUUAUUAUUAUCGAUCGACAAGCAAUUGCUUAUAAUAAAAAUUUAGAUAAAAGUCAUUUGUUUGGAAUAUGUUUAGUUGUAGCUGGUGGUGCUUUAUUUACUUUAUCACUUAUAGUGCCUACAUUUUGUCAUAUGUGGUGUGCUACUAGUGGAGAUUCAAAUGAUGAAACAGAUCCAUUACAGUUGAGAAUGGAAUUAUCAAGUGAUGAAACAGUUUUACCUGUAGGAAGUAUAUCAAAACUAAUUCAACCAAAUUAUCAUAAAGAUGAAUCAAGAUUAACAAUAGAAGGAAUUGUGCCUAUAUCAUCAUCUUAA